AUGGGAACUUGUAGUGAGUACAUAAAAAGAAUUUUUCCUACCAUAGACGAUGAUCUCAAGCAGUACGUUGAAGGUGUACUGGCCAAUGGUGCUGAUGACUUCGAAGAUAUUGAAGAAGUCUAUGAAGCAGUUGGAGAAGUCUUACAGGAAGUAUCAGCUGAUAAAACCGAGGAAGAUAUACGGCUGAUAUGUGGGAAAUUGUUGGAAAUAAUGAAACCUAAUAAAACUAGAACUAAUAAUGGGCCCAUAAAGAUCUUGAAUGCACCUGUACAUUUAGGUUCCAUAGUUGACAACAGUGAUAAUACUAUUGAAGAAAUCAAAAGUAUUUGGGUAGUACAAAGAGAUGACUCUCUAAAAGUGGAUUCCAGAAAAUUAGAAAAAGCUCAAGCCAAACUGCAAGAGAAACAAGAUAAGAGAACUAAAGAAGUUAAAUAUGUUGCUCCUCCAAAGUUGCAAACUGCUUCAGCAUCUCAAGUUACCAGCAAAAAAGAAAGCAAACUUGAAGCAAAAGGAAAUAAUAGAACUCAGGAUAUCAGGAUAGAGAAUUUUGAUGUUGCUUAUGGAGACAGAGUUCUUCUUCAAGGAGCAGAUAUGACUUUGGCAUGUGGUAGGAGGUAUGGAUUAGUAGGGAGAAAUGGUUUAGGCAAAAGUACCAUGUUGAGAAUGAUAUCUGGUGGCCAAUUGAGAAUACCAUCACACAUAUCUAUCCUUCAUGUUGAACAAGAAGUUGUAGGAGAUGAAACUUUAGCUUUAGAUAGUGUACUAGAAUGUGAUACAGUUAGAGAAGAACUAUUGAAAAAAGAAAAAGAAAUCAGUGCCUCCAUUAAUGCAGGAUCUGCAGAUCCUGAAUUGAACAGUCAACUCACGGAGGUAUAUACCCAGCUACAAAACAUCGAAUCAGAUAAAGCACCUGCAAAGGCAUCUAUUAUACUCUAUGGUUUAGGUUUUAGCCCUGAUAUGCAACAAAGAGCAACAAAAACCUUCUCUGGUGGUUGGAGGAUGAGACUAGCAUUAGCAAGAGCUCUAUUUUCAAGACCUGACCUUUUGUUACUUGAUGAACCUACCAACAUGUUGGAUAUCAAAGCAAUCAUAUGGUUGGAAAAUUAUUUACAAAAUUGGCCGACCACUCUUCUAGUAGUGUCUCACGACAGAAAUUUCUUGGAUGCAGUCCCUACUGACAUUUUACAUCUUCAUUCACAGAGAAUAGAGGCAUAUAGGGGAAACUAUGAACAGUUUGAGAGAACAAAAACGGAAAAACUGAAAAAUCAACAAAGAGAAUAUGAAGCACAAAUGCAACAGAGACAGCAUGUUCAAGAAUUUAUUGAUCGUUUCAGAUUCAAUGCUAAUAGAGCAGCAUUGGUUCAGUCUAAAAUAAAAAUGUUGGAGAAAUUACCUGAACUGAAACCCAUUAUUAAAGAAGUUGAAGUAGUAUUGAAAUUGCCUGACACAGAACCUUUGUCACCCCCUAUUCUACAACUCAAUGAGGUUAUGUUCAGGUACAAUGCUGAACGUGUGAUAUUUAGUAAUGUCAACCUUGGUGCUACUAUGGAAUCAAGAAUAUGUAUCGUUGGUGAUAAUGGUGCUGGUAAAACUACUUUAUUAAAAAUCAUCAUGGGUAUUUUAUAUCCAACUCUGGGUAUGAGGAAUGUUCAUAGGAAUUUGAAAUUUGGAUAUUUCAGUCAGCACCAUGUAGAUCAAUUAGAUAUGAAUGUGAAUUCAGUGGAAUUACUUCAACAGGAAUACCCUGGAAAGCCCACAGAAGAAUACCGACGGCAAUUGGGUAGUUUCGGUGUAUCAGGAGACUUGGCUCUACAGACGGUCUCCAGUCUGUCUGGAGGUCAAAAAUCGAGGGUGGCUUUUGCCAGAAUGUGCAUGGGUAGACCUAAUUUCUUAGUACUUGAUGAACCCACCAAUCACUUGGAUAUUGAAACAAUAGAAGCCUUAGGAAAAGCGAUACAAAAGUUUACAGGAGGUGUCAUUUUGGUUUCCCAUGACGAAAGGCUUAUAAGAAUGGUCUGCAAUGAGCUGUGGGUGUGUGGUAACGGGUCAGUAUCCAGCAUAGAGGGUGGUUUUGAUGAGUACAGAAAAAUCGUGGAACAGGAAUUAGAAGCGGCGGCAGCAGCAAAAUAA